CGGAUGCUCUCCUGCUCUGGCUCCCCACUCUCCGCUCCAAGGCCUCCUCCCGUCGCAGCGCAGCCGAGCAUCCAUGGCAGGGUCAUUGAUUAUUAAUGGGAAGAUAAUUGCUGCGAUGAUUACACACACAGCUAGAGAAAUCGAGGAAUGGGUCGGCGCAGUAUGGAAGAAGUGCCCAAAUUGCAAAUAUCGCAUCUAUAAUGGCGAUGUUUCAUCACAGUGGCCAGGACUCCCUGCUGGUGUUAAAUUUGAACCAACUGAUCAGGAACUGCUUAUGCAUCUGGAAGGAAAGGUUGGCAGGGCAGCAUCCCAUGUACUAAUAGAUGACUUCAUUCCAACCAUAGAGGAAGUGGAUGGAAUUUGUUAUACACAUCCCAAAAAUCUUCCUGGUAUCAAGAUGGAUGGGAGAAGCAGUUAUUUUUUCCAUACAAUAUCAAACGCGUAUGAUGUUGGUCAGCGCAAGCGUCGGAAAAUCAGCAAGAGUAAUCACACUGAUUGUGAUGAGAAGAUCAGAUGGCACAUGACCGGAACACCUUCAGCCAUCAAACAUAACGGUGUCAUAAAAGGCUGGAAGAAAAUAUUGGUUCUCAAAUGUGGCAAGGGAAAGAUACAUAAAGCUAACUGGACGAUCCAUCAGUGUCACCUUGGGGAAGAGAAAGAUGAAAAGCACGGCGAUCUUGUCGUUUCCAGAGUAUUUUGGCAGUUGAAAUCAAACACUGGGAAAUCGCAGAUGCAUGCUGUUGAUGCCAAAUCCGGUCAAUCUGCAAUGAAUAUCGAUCCUACAACCCCAAAUAUGUACCCUCCACGGCCUCGUCGCCUAAGUGGUAGCCCAUUCGAACCAGAGCAGGAUCAGGAUGAGGAAGAGCCUGGCUCAUGUGCUGUUCAGCUGCAGGCUGACGAAGACCUCGCUGGAAGCUCACAGUCUGUCGACUACGGUGUGCUAUCGGACCUCGACGAGCACCCGCUGCCCAACGACGAUAUCUGGGACGUCUGCCAUGAGAAGCCGCUGCCUCCCGACUACUCCGACAUGGACGCGCCCUUCUCGGAUUAUGACAAGCCUGCCGUGCAGCUCGCCGUCGCCACAUUGCAGCUCCUAGACCACCAGGGCACCUCCUGCCAUGGUGAGCCUCGCCACGCCCUCCGUCUCGGGGCCGCCGCCCCGACGUCCUCAUAG